AGCUGCUAAGGGCUGUGGCUGCCUCUGAAGGGAAGUGAUCCCUACUGGGUGACUGUAUGUUCUGCUACCUGGAUUUAGGAAGAACGUUGCAGAGAUUGGGCUCCCUGAGAGGCUGAGAUUCCGCUCACGUUUGUUCUGAUCCCACAUUACCUUUGUUCCCGGAUGCCUGGAGGCCCAGCGCCUGCGCUUCCGCCAUUUCCCCAGAGCAACAUAACAUCCCAGUGUUAGGGGAGUAACUGAGUAAGGAUCCGGGAACCACCGCCAGGACACAGGAAGCGCUAGCGAUAGUUUUUCUGGAUGUUAACUCUGUGGGCACGGAAAUUCUAGUGAUCCUUUUUACCUCGCCCACCCUUAUGGACUGCUACGCAAGAGGCAAUCAAUCAAUGCCUUUGCAGAGUGUUCAAUGGGUUCAUAAGUCCUUUAGAGGGGACUCCUAAGAGACCGUGAGUGAACUGAGAUUUGAUUAGUGCAUUGAUUGACAGUGACACCACUAAACCUCCCGAGUUCGUAGGCCUCUCCUUAGACUUCCAGGUCAUCGCUGGGCCACAGCGCUGCUAGAACCCGGGGUAGAACUCGCAGCCCAGUUUCGAGGAAAGUGCUGGAGAGGUGGGCGUGUAGGUGCAGCGCGCAGGUAGGUGAGCCCAGCGCCUCCUGGGCACCCACGGCCACUGCGAUCUCCCUCCGGCGCAGUUUGGGAAUGUUGUUAGAGUGCAGUCAGCUGGUUCAUCACGUGAAUGAUUAAAAGUUAUCUUGGGGAAGGAACUAGGGAAAGGAAGACUGGCUUUGGGAGAUGGGCUGUGAACUACAAAACCCAGCUUCUUGGGAGCUGCCUGUUCCUCUAACAGGAAGUGGAGCGUCACCCGCCCCACCUCCCUUAAUUUCCAGCUUCAGGCAUUCGCUUUGCAGGCGGUGUUUUUUUCCAGGUUGUUCCUCCAGCGAAUGAGACUGGCUGAGUGCACACUGCUGGGUUUGGGGGAGGGGUGAGAAGGAGCAAGGGAGAUGCCCAUUUCGUUUUAUGGUAACCAAACUGCAAGCAAAUAAAUCGGCUGGCCACACUGCAAUCUUCUGCACUGGAGUACUAAGAGAGCCUGUUCCUAUCAGUUGCUGAAGCCAUAAGGAAAAAUUCUUACCUCGAAUUUAUUAUAAUGAGGUGUUGCCACAUCUGCAAGCUUCCUGGAAGAGUGAUGGGGUUUCGAGUGCUUCGUUUCUCUUUGGUGAUCAUCCUUGUAUUACUACUAGUAGCUGGGGCUUUGACCACAUUGCUUCCUAACAUCAAAGAAGACAAGAUGCUUACAUUGAGGAGGGAAAUAAAAUCUCAGAGCAAGUCCACCCUGGAUUCCUUUACUCUCAUAAUGCAGACUUACAACAGAACAGAUCUUCUGUUGAGACUUCUAAAUCAUUAUCAAGCAGUACCACAUCUACACAAAGUAAUUGUGGUGUGGAACAAUGUUGGGGAGAAGGGACCAGAUGAAUUAUGGAAUUCUCUAGGGCCUCACCCUGUCCCUGUAAUCUUCAAGCUACAGACUACAAACAAGAUGAGAAACCGACUCCAGGUCUUUCCAGAACUGGAAACCAAUGCGGUGUUAAUGAUAGAUGAUGACACACUAAUUAGUGCUCAAGACCUUGCUUUUGCCUUCUCAGUUUGGCAGCAAUUUCCUGAUCAUAUUGUAGGAUUUGUUCCAAGAAAGCAUGUCUCUACUUCAUCGGGUAUCUACAGUUAUGGAGGUUUUGAACUACAAACACCAGGAUUUGGAAACGGUGACCAGUACUCAAUGGUGCUCAUUGGAGCCUCAUUCUUCAAUAGCAAAUACCUUGAACUCUUUCAAAGGCAACCUGCAGCUGUCCAUGCUUUGAUAGAUGAAACACAAAACUGUGAUGAUAUCGCCAUGAAUUUCCUUGUUGCCAGGCACAUUGGGAAGACUUCAGGGAUAUUUGUGAAACCUGUCAACAUGGGCAAUUUAGAAAAAGAAACCAAUGGUGGCUAUUCUGGGAUGUGGCAUCGAGCAGAGCACUUUCUGCAGCGGUCUUACUGUAUAAAUAAGCUUGUUAGUAUCUAUGAUAGCAUGCCCUUGAAGUAUUCCAACAUUAUGAUUUCUCAGUUUGGUUUUCCAUAUGCUAACCACAGAAGUAAAAUAUGAAAUUAAAGUGAACAACAGACAUUAAAGCCAUCUAGUAUGUGAGUAAAUUCUUUAUGCCAUUUUUAAAGCAACAUCAUGAACUUUUAUCAUCUCCAGAAGUCGUUACAAACAAACAAAAAAAAGUACAGUGCUUCUAGGAUGUAAAAUCCACAUAAACCUCAAAAGCUAAGAAGCCGGCAUUAUUUAGACAGGUCUUCUUGUGUGAAGCUUCAUCCAUGGAUAUAACUCCCUGGUCAGCAGUUUUAUUGUUUACAUUCUGAGACUGUUCCACAUGUCUUCCUGGCAUUUGCCUUAAGGACCUAUAGCAAGUGGUUUCCAGGAUUAGAAACUACAGAGAAGUAGUUCUCAGCAUUUUCAGUCAAGGGUGGUUUUAUGUGAAGCUUGAAAUGCCUCUGUUGCAAAAGCUUGUGGUGCCGGGGAAAGCCAUACAAGGAGGAAAUAGUCCCAAGCCUUGUAAAAAUAAAUAUAAAACUUGUGACAAUUAGUGCUUCCUUCUGAGCUUUACAACUAUAGCCUCUACCAAGCACUAAUUUAACCCAUCAUGGUUUUGUACAACCAUCAGUCCUUUUGUUUUUUGUUGCUAAGUCUGUUGUGACUGGGAGGGUUAACUUUAUUAACUGAAGAAUAUCUACAUGCUUGCUUGAUUUUUGUGAAAUUUUACUGCAUGGAGCACAAAAAAAGUGAGCUUGUGUUUCUGAUAUGCAACUUAUAUGUAUGCAACAAGGAGUAAAUGUGUUAUAAGAUUCAGGUAGUGCAUUCUGUCACUGAAACUAACCUGGAGUUGUACAUCAGUUAUUACAUUUUAUAUAAAAUGUGUAUUGGAAAAUGUAUAAACUGAUUCAUUUGAAAAAGUUGAGGAUUGUCAUAAAUUAAAACCCAUAGUUAAAUUACAAGAUCUUUAUUGUUAGAACUUGGAUUAUCUCGUAGAUAUCAAAGUUAUGUGCAUUAUAAAGUCAGUCUCUUGUACUCAGACUUUUUUACUUAAGAAAAAAAAUCCAAGCCAUUGUUCACCAUGAUGAAAUUUUGACUAUGCAUUCUAGAGUAGGAAAAAAAAAAAGAAGAAAACUGAGUCAUAGCAGAAUUCCCUAAGGAGACUGUAGCUAGUGGUUAAGUUGCCUGCUUUGUUUUAUAAAGUAGUGUCUGUUCCACA